AUGACUCCUGGAUUCUAUCAGCCACUGCCUCCAACAACUUUUGUUUUAGAUAAGGCUCUUUCCCAUUGUGGACGGCUUGUACCUGUGGAGAUUCCUGACAAAAUUUGUGGUUGUCCAUCAGAGUCAUUGAGGGUCAGCCCAGGGAAGACUGUUGCUGUGAUCACAAUGAAUGGACGAUAUGAUCUAAGCAUGCCUGAGUGGAAUUGUGAGGCGUGCCAAGCCACUUGGGCUGCUGGAGUGGUCGACCUAAAUCGAAGUGACUACUGGCCUGCGACCCUUCACUUUGCCACAAUUUAUGCCACAGAUGUCUUUUUCUCAUUUGAAGAAAUGAAGAUGGCAGCACCAGGACUGUCUUGCCAAGCAUUUGUAAGAAUGCUCGAUCAGCGAACUGUCCGCUUUGGUCGUACUGGCAAGAUCUCCACUGACAGUUUUCAGAAAAUUUUCUUUGAGUGGGAGGCUGUGCGAUAUGAGGUGGACAAAAUCUGCAAGGAAGAGCCCUUCAUCUGUCCUGCGUGCACCCCAGAUAUGCUGGCAGUUUCAGUAGAUGGAAACCGCAAGCAUUACCGUUUUAAGAAUGCAGCUAGAUCUAAAGAACAGGCCAUCUUUGAAGACGUCUUUAUAGCUAAGGAUGAAGAUGUGACAAGAUUUGUGGACUACAUUCACAAGACAUCCAAACAUGUCGGUGGAAGAGGUGUUUGUGGAGGGGAGUGGUCAGCAGCCAGAGAGACCUCCCAAAGAUCAGCAAGCAAGGUAGACGAGGAGGGAUUGGAGCUUGCGGUGUGUCGACACGGAGUGCUGCUCUGUGCUUUAAAUAUGUACAGGGGUGAAAUUUUUGCCUAUCCCCUGUACCUGCAAGAAAAGCUGGCCAGUAGGCAAAUCACUUUUUUUUGUAUGGAUGUGACCUGCAAAUAUUGGCCCUACCUCCAAAGAGUUGCAAAAAGCUGUCCAGAGCUCCAGCACCUUCUUAACAUGAAGCCCUUCCUUUCAGUAUUCCAUGCCAAAGCCCAUGAUUUUAAAUGCGAGGUGAAAUGGAGUGGGGCAUAUCAGGAUGGGGCUGGUUUGACACUAGGGGAGGAGGUGGAACAGUGCAAUGCUUUCCUGUCAAGGAUUGCAGUGACCACAAAACACAUGUCCAAAGCAGGACGCACAGACAUGCUGACACUCAUGGCCAUGCGCUGGAAUCAGCAAAAGUUAAACAAUUUGGCCACCACACUGACCCGCCGUUAUCAGAAGACCACAAAAGCUCUGCAAAGCCAGUUGCAAAACCUAGAGUCUAUAAAAGUCGAACUGGCAGUGACAGAGAGCCAAUUGGAAGACUGGCUCAAUGAUGUAAAGGAGUGGGCAGACGUAACAUCAACAACUUCCACAAAUGAUGUUGAUGCCUUGGCCAGCAGAAUUGAGGUGCUGGUGGCGAGUAUCAAGAGACUUUCCCAGCGUCUCUAUAAAGAUACAGAUGGUAACAAGGGUCGUGCCAGGAUCCGCCGCAAGAUCAGGGAGGAGAAGGGGAUCCUGACAUCAGUUGUAGAGAAAUACAACAGAAUGGUUCCAAACACUGAAACUCUGUGCUUGGAAACCAUUUUGUCUGGUGAGACAGCUUGGCCAUGGCAGCUACCACACAGUGACUCUGUCGAUCUAAGGACAAAGAGAAAGGCAUUCGACAUCAUCAUGUCAUUAAGGAGACUUCAGGAGGAGCAGAAGAUUCUUGUUGCAGAGAUGGACAACCAUUGGAAAUAUCUUUCAACUCGUGCUGAUACCCUUAGAGAACUGUCCUGCUUGUUUGCCAAUUCGCAAUGUGACCUAAGUGAAGAGGGUUUGAAAGGUCUGCAGAGCGUCAUCCACAGAAAGCAACGUAAAAUCAGAGAAAUGAGGGUGCAAGCAAGAGUGUCGUGAUUCUGGCUCGUCGUGUCAUGUCUUUCUUGAUCUUG